GACAAUUUGGUGACAUUACAAACGACGAUCUCCGCAUCAGUGCGUGUCAGCCUUAAAAUAAUAUCGAUGACUAGUUUCCUUUGUGUCUCUGCUAUGGUGAUUGCCAUCCGCACCUCUCUCAACAUAACCGUUCGCCUCUCGCAGAUCGCUUUUGCAUGCACCAUUCUCGCAGUGUCACUCUCCCUGAAACACAUCGAUGGGGAUGCUGAGAAGUUCCUGAAUCAUCCGCCGACCCUUCUAUUCGUAGCCGCAAUCGGCGGUCUGACCACCGCUGGUGGGCAGUUUGGCCUAGCUCUGACAUGGUACACAUAUCUCGUCAAGUAUGGCCGCGUGGUGGAUCUGCUGGGUAUCGUGCUCAAUCUGGACGCUGGAUCGGUAAGUGUAUGCCUUGUGCUGGGAGCCAGAUCGCUGGUAGACUGGGAGCUGCUCGCGGUCAAAGUUAAGUGGAUAAAAGAAGACUGCCCGACACAAGGUAGGUGGGGAGAGAUGUACAAUGGACUGAGAGAAGCUGCUUGUGGCGAGGGGUCAAAGAUGAGUUGGCUGAUUGGCGACAAGUGCGAAAACGUGGGGUUGCGAUGCAGAUUUAGUCGAAUUGCAUCCAUCCUGUGCUUCGUUGUAGCAGCAUUGCUGCUUGUGACUCUGGCGUUCGGGAGCUUUGUCAAGGGGAGGCCUGGACCUCCAGCAGUAAAGGCGAGUAGAGCGACCGAGGACAUCCUCAGAACAGCUUGUCUUACAAUUGGCAGCGAAAGUAACGCCAAGACGGCGAUGUUGAGAUAGACACGGGCAUCCAAAUAGCUUGAGCUGUUGAUUUCGUCUCGGUUCAAGCGCGAUAUGCCGGAAGUAGAGCCAGCAAGGAAGAAAGAACGGGGGUAAACAAACAAAGUGGAUUAGAUAGACACUCGAAGAAUUGUGGCAUGCUCGUACUUAGAUGUCAUUCGCUCCUAUCAAUCUCCUUCCUGAGCCAUCAUGGCUUCACAUCGCUAUCCUUGCUUCUCUUCAGCAUUGUCCACCUUGCUUUGCUCAAAGCAUCAAAGUCGUCUUCUAGACAGGGCAUG